CAGAGGGCGGCGCUUGAUAAAAGGCCGGCCCAAACAUUGAGCUGAGAACUCUCACUUCAUCUUUUUUUUUUUUUUAAUUUUCAAUCUGGUCAGUGCGUUGGCGCAGACUCCGAGGAUGUCUGACAAGCGGUCAUCACGGUCAGCGUGGCUCCCCGCCAACGUGUCCCAGUGGGACGCCCCCACGUUCGGCGGAGCAGCUCUGUUCCGCGUGGGCGCUACGACGUUGCUGUUUGCCGCCGCCGCCGCCGCCAACCUGGCGCUCAUAGGGAGCGUGUGCGCUGGGCGCGGCCGCCGUUUGGCCUCUCACCUGCGCCCACUCAUCAUCAGCCUAGCGUCAGCGGACCUGAUGAUGACUUUUGUGGUGAUGCCCGUGGAUGCCGUGUGGAACGCCACGGUGCAGUGGCACGGGGGCGACGCCCUCUGCAGGCUGCUCAGCUUCCUGAAGCUGCUGGCCAUGUACGCGUCCGCCUCGGUGCUGGUGGUCAUCAGCCUGGACCGCCACCACGCCAUCGUGCGGCCGCUGCAGAUGCUGAGCGCCCGGUGCAGGAACAAACGCAUGCUGGUGCUGGCCUGGAGCCUCAGCCUGUUGCUCGCCACGCCACAGUUGUUCGUGUUCGGCACGGUAGACGUCGUCCUGGGCGACGUGGGCGUUCAUUUCAUCCAGUGCGCGACCCACACAAGCUUCAGCGUCCGCUGGCAGGAAACGUCAUACAACAUGUUCCACUUCGGCACCUUGUACGUCCUCCCCCUACUGGUGAUGAGCUGCUGCUACGGCCGCAUCAUGCUGCACAUCAACAACACGCACCUGAAGAACAAAGGCCAACUUCGUCGCAGCAGCAGCGAGAGCAUCUCCAAGGCGAGGAUGAAGACGCUGAAGAUGACGGUGAUCAUCGUGCUGUCCUUCGUGGUGUGCUGGACGCCGUAUUACCUGUUGGGGGUUUGGUAUUGGUUCCAGCCCGAAGUGGUCCACUUCACGCCAGAAUACGUCCACCACGGCCUUUUCCUGUUCGGGAACCUCAACACCUGCUGCGACCCUCUCAUCUACGGGUUCUACACCCCUUCCUUCCGGGCCGACGUGGCCGCCUGCUGCCGCCCCCCGAGUCGGCUCCUUGGCCCCCGACCCCGACCCCGGGACCGUCCCGAAGGACAGGGAAGGCUUCCCUUCCCCCCAGAACGGAAAGGGUUCAAAGCAAGGUCUUGCGGGGAAGGCAAGGUGUGAGGAACGGGACGAGGUGACUAGAGACAAAAUGGCAGAUGAGGCAAAAGGGUGGCUGCGGUUAGGGUCGCGUUGCCUUCUUCCGCCAAAUGUCCUCCGGGUGACAAACUGUUCAUCUUCCACCUGUUGCCCUCCCCACACCACACCCGCGUGCCUACACGCCAUAUCGAGCGUUUGCUUGAGCUACUGCUUUAAUUCGUUCCGUCAACACGUUUGUGACUUGCCAACGGAUCUUGAACUUUAAAGGAAAUUUAUGGAAAUUACCCUGCGUAACAUUAUCACAGUUAAACAUUUAGGGACGAGGUGGGUCAAUUUAGACCUGAUUCAGUCACUUUUUAGCGGAAAUCUUGCAGUUUUGUUCAAUGAACGCCUGCUUCCUGGACAGCGCAGGUGACAUUUCUUGGACGCUUGUAGUGGAAUUGAAUAAAAACUAGUUGUGGUCAUUGAAUAGGAAGCUUUUUCGGAU